AUGAGUGUAGAAGAUGGGGUUAUGCCAGGCCUAGCCCGACCAAAACAGGCUCGCUGGACCCUGAUGCGGUUCCUGUCCACUGCCAUGUAUGGUGCCCAUGUGACAUUCUUAGCACUGUGCCACGUGGUUGGACAAGUGCCCUUCCGGCCCCCCUCAGCUGUGUUACUCCCUGAACUGUCCAAACUCCUGUUGUGUGCCUUCUCCCUCCUGGAAGGCUGGAAAACAUGGCCCCAGGGCACGCCACCUUGGCGCCAGGCCGAACCUUUCACACUAUCAGCUCUGCUCUAUGGUGCCAACAACAACCUGGAGAUUUAUCUGCAGCGCUACAUGGACUCCAGCACCUAUCAAGUGCUGAGCAAUCUCAAGAUUGGAAACACAGCUCUGUUGUACUGCCUCUGCAUUGGACAUUGCCUCUCUGCGCACCAGGGGUUGGCGCUGCUGCUGCUGCUGCUGCUGCUGCUGCUGCUGCUGGCUGCAGGAGCCUGCUAUGCCUCGGGUGGCUUUCCGGAACCUGGGAACAGCCUUCUGAGGACCCCAUCAGCAUCUGGACCUCGUCCCAUGCCCUUGCAUAUCACUCCACUGGGACUUGUGCUCCUCAUCCUAUACUGCCUCAUCUCCGGCUUGUCCUCCUUAUACACAGAAUUGAUCAUGAAACGACAGGGGUGACCCUUGGCUCUUCAGAACCUCUUCCUCUACACUUUUGGGGUGAUCCUGAACCUUGGACUGUAUGCUGGCAGUGGCCCGGGCCCAGGCUUCCUAGAGGAUCUCUCUGGAUGGGCAGUGCUGGUGGUGCUGAACCAGGCAGUAAAUGGACUGCUCUUGUCAGCCAUCAUGAAGCAUGGCAGCAGCAUUACAGGCCUCUUCAUUGUGUCCUGCUCGGUAGUGGUCAAUGCUGUGCUGUCAGCAGUGCUGCUACAGCUGCAGCUCACAGCCACCAUUUUCCUAGUCACACUGCUCAUUUGUCUGGCUGUGUGCUUGUAUUAUGGUAGCCCCUAA